CAAGGGGGAGUAUCUGUGAUUUCUAGCCCUGUCUGUUUCCUCUACAAACCACCACUUCCUCAGUCAAGGAAACAAAAGCGGAAGUCGGCGCACAUAACAAGCUGUUGUUGUGAGACAGUUGUGAACAAGCACAAGCAAAUGGCGGAGGAGGAGGACGAGCCAGGCUUCGACGAAGAGUUGGAGGACGGCUCCGGCGGGGUGGAUGUCGGCUACGGCAAGAGAAAGAGACUCUUCUCCAAGGAGCUCCGGUGCAUGAUGUACGGAUUUGGAGAUGACCAGAACCCUUACACGGAGUCUGUGGAUAUUCUGGAGGAUCUGGUGAUCGAGUUUAUCACGGAAAUGACCCACAAGGCCAUGUCUAUCGGGCGCCAGGGUCGCGUCCAGGUGGAGGACAUCGUUUUCCUCAUUCGCAAAGAUCCCAGGAAGUUUGCUAGAGUCAAAGAUCUGCUGACCAUGAACGAGGAGUUGAAGAGAGCUCGGAAAGCUUUCGAUGAAGCAAAUUAUGGCUCUUAAAAUCACAACGGGACUGUUUGUUAUUCCUCCCGUGACCUUUGUUUCUUUAAAUUUACUGUACGUUUGCUCGUCAGUUCUUCAGUCUUCAGACUGCAUGUUUGUGUCUCGUGUGUGUUUAUAGACAGUAAAACAAGAAAUUUCAGUGUAUAUGCUUGAAUUCAGACUUUUUGGUUAAGUAAAAUAAAGCGACUUGCCAAUAGUUUUAAAGUGA